UAACAAGAUAUUGUAUAUAUUUAAAAAAAAAUUUGCUUAAAUUAGAUACUUUGGCGUGAAAUUAUUUGCAGUUAUUCGUUACUUAUAUUCAAAAUGGAGCAAUCUCAAUUGUUGCAGUUUGUGCCUUUCAGUUCCUGCAUUAAUCAUAGCUUUUGGAAUAAAUACACUGAAAUCAAAUUAGAUGUUGAUAAGCUGGAAGAGAAGGGUCGCUCCAUAUGGGGUUACUAUUCAUAUAUCGAGUCUCAACUUUCACCUUUUAUUGAAGUGGACAGUACUUCUUUCAAUAUUAAAGGUGCUGAUUUGAAGGGGCAAUUAGCAGUUGCUGGCAAACUGUUCAAUAAGAAUACCAUUGAGAACUUUAAAGAUUGUGAUAAAAUGGGUUUAAUUAAGGCUUCUGGAGAUGAGAUUUGGGAGAACAUUAUUAAUGGGAAGUGUCUGAAAAGCCCAGGUCUUUUGAAUUCUUUUGUUGUCCUUUCAUUUGCUGAUCUCAAAAAGUACAACUAUUAUUAUUGGUUUGGGUUUCCUGCACCUUCCAAUGUUAAUCUGAAACUGAAUGUUAUUGAAGAUAUAAGUGGAAAAUUCAAUAAUGAUCAGAUGGACCAGUUAUAUGUAAAUUACUCAAAUUUAUGUGAAGAUCAGAAGCAUUUUUUCCUAGUCCACAAGGAACAUUUUGAGAUGAAGCAUUUGGAAGCAGUUGUUGAUUUGAAGGAUACUUUGGAUCAAUAUUACAUGGCGUUUUCUGACGCGUGCUUUGAUCCUAAAUACUCUGGAUGGGUUUUAAAGAACUUUAUGUUAUUUUUAAUGUAUUAUUGUGAUAAACUUCGAGGAAAACAAGUAGAUUUUCUUUCGUUUCGUGUAAGCCGCGAAAAUGGUAAAAUAUCGUUGCUGAAGAGUUUGUUGAUUCGUGCUAGUUUACCGGAAGAAUUCGGCAAACCUGAGGCUUGGAUUGGCUGGGAACGCAACGAAAGAGGAAAAAUGGGUCCAAGAAUGGUCAAUCUGAAAAGUUCCAUAGAUCCUCAAUGUUUGGCUGAAACUGCGGUAGAUUUGAAUUUAAAAUUGAUGAAGUGGCGUUUACUGCCUGACAUCGAUUUGGAGAAGAUCAAAAACGCUAAAUGCCUUUUGCUUGGGUCAGGGACUUUGGGAUGCUCCGUGGCCAGAGUUCUUUUGGGUUGGGGCGUGAGGCAGAUCAAGUUCGUGGAUAACUCGACUGUUUCAUAUUCGAAUCCCGUCAGGCAGAGUCUGUUCACGUACGAAGACUGCGUAGCAGGCAAGCCGAAAGCUCAAGCCGCCGCUGAUAAUCUGAAGAAGAUUUUUCCAGGAGUUGAGAGCGAAGGGUACAACUUGACGAUUCCCAUGCCCGGUCACCCGGUCGGCGAAAGCACCUUAGAACAUACGAAAGAAACCGUCGACAAGUUGCGUGAUCUGAUCGUCGAGUCUGAUGUGGUGUUCCUUCUGAUGGAUUCUAGAGAAUCCAGAUGGUUGCCUACGUUACUUGGAUUGGUCUACGGGAAAUUGGUUUUGAACGCAGCUUUGGGUUUCGAUACGUACCUAGUUAUGAGACACGGCGUACGCGGAGAAACGCAAAAUUGCUCUAACAACGUCAAAGGAUUCAAAAUGAUCAAAGGCAACAAUUUAGGUUGUUACUUUUGCAACGAUAUAACAGCACCGGGAAAUUCUCUGAAAGAUAGGAGCUUAGAUCAGCAAUGCACAGUCACCAGACCUGGCAUAAGUCAAAUUGCUGGAGCUUUAGUAGUCGAACUCGCUAUAUCAAUAUUGCAACAUAAAUUGGGAGGCUUUGCCCCGGCUUACUAUAAGAUGCAGAAGUCGGCGGAAAUCUGUGAAGAUUCUGCUGUAGAGGAUUGCAUUUUGGGGGUAUUGCCGCAUUCGUUAAGAGGAUUCCUUUCCACGUUCACUCAGGUUCUCCCAGCUACAGAAAAGUAUAACCAAUGCAUUGCGUGUUCCGACAGCAUCGUCGAGGCAUACCGUACCAAAGGUUUCGAGUUCCUGCUGAACGUGUUUAACUCCUCUCAGGUGCUCGAAGAUAUGACCGGUCUGACCGAGAUGUACACACUGAAGGAUAACACCAUCAUGGAUAUGUCUGAUUCGGAAUAAAGUUAAGAGUGUAAAUCACAUGCUUAAAAUAUUUCAAAAAAAAAUCUGCUUUAAUUACUACCUCUAUUAUGUCGGUAAUUAAUAUUCUCAUAUUUUUUAAGGCUUAGCGAUUUAUUUAUGUAAGAUCAAGUUUUGUUUAGUCCAUAAUAAAGCAUUAAGGAAGUGUGA